CUGGAGGCGCUGGACUUUUGCGCCGGCGCACUGGUCGCUUGGCGCUUCACAUCUACGUUGUCUCCAUUUGUAGUGUGGCUAGAAAGGAGAUCGGUUCGUCUCCCGCCAGUUUCCGUCGUUUUGAGUUGGUGACUCGCCGUAAGGCUCCUUCGCCAAGAUGUAUGAUGCGGACGAAGAUAUGCAAUAUGAUGAGGACGAUGAUGAAAUUACCCCAGACUUGUGGCAGGAAGCAUGUUGGAUUGUCAUCAGCUCCUAUUUUGAUGAAAAAGGCUUAGUGCGACAACAGCUGGAUUCUUUUGAUGAGUUCAUUCAGAUGUCUGUGCAGAGAAUAGUUGAAGAUGCCCCACCAAUUGAUCUACAAGCAGAAGCUCAACACGCUACAGGAGAAGUAGAAGAGCCGCCACGUUAUCUUCUGAAAUUUGAACAAAUUUAUCUGUCCAAGCCUACGCAUUGGGAAAGGGAUGGUGCUCCUUCGCCGAUGAUGCCAAAUGAGGCCAGGCUGAGAAACCUUACGUAUUCUGCUCCGUUGUAUGUGGACAUAACUAAAACAGUUAUUAAGGAAGGAGAAGACCAGUUGCAGACACAACAUCAAAAAACAUUUAUAGGAAAAAUUCCUAUCAUGCUGCGAUCAACGUAUUGUCUCUUAAAUGGUUUGACUGACCGUGAUCUUUGUCAACUGAACGAAUGCCCCCUUGACCCUGGCGGUUAUUUCAUUAUUAAUGGCUCAGAAAAGGUUCUGAUUGCCCAAGAGAAGAUGGCUACAAACACAGUAUAUGUCUUUGCAAAGAAGGACUCCAAAUAUGCAUACACAGGAGAAUGCCGCUCUUGCCUGGAGAAUUCUUCGCGGCCCACAAGUACUAUAUGGGUUAGCAUGCUGGCCAGAGGUGGGCAGGGUGCAAAGAAAAGUGCCAUAGGCCAGCGCAUUGUAGCAACCUUGCCGUAUAUCAAGCAGGAAGUACCCAUCAUUAUUGUUUUCCGAGCCUUAGGCUUUGUCUCUGACAGAGACAUAUUAGAACAUAUAAUCUAUGAUUUUGAGGAUCCUGAGAUGAUGGAAAUGGUUAAGCCCUCUUUGGAUGAGGCGUUUGUCAUCCAGGAACAGAAUGUUGCCCUGAACUUCAUUGGUUCAAGAGGGGCUAAGCCUGGCGUCACUAAAGAGAAAAGAAUCAAAUAUGCAAAGGAAGUUUUGCAGAAAGAGAUGCUUCCACAUGUUGGUGUCAGUGACUUUUGUGAAACCAAAAAGGCUUAUUUUCUUGGCUACAUGGUUCAUCGGCUGUUGCUGGCAGCCUUAGGGAGAAGGGAGCUGGAUGACAGAGAUCACUACGGCAACAAACGGCUGGACCUUGCGGGGCCCUUGCUUGCUUUUCUGUUCAGAGGAAUGUUUAAGAACUUGUUGAAAGAAGUUCGAAUAUACGCACAGAAGUUUAUUGACCGAGGGAAAGAUUUUAACUUGGAGCUGGCAAUUAAAACGAGGAUCAUAUCGGAUGGUCUGAAAUACUCACUAGCUACUGGGAAUUGGGGAGACCAGAAGAAAGCUCACCAGGCCAGAGCUGGCGUAUCUCAAGUGUUGAAUCGUCUCACCUUUGCGUCUACGCUUUCUCACUUACGUCGCUUGAAUUCCCCUAUUGGGAGAGAUGGCAAGCUAGCAAAGCCAAGGCAGCUGCACAACACCUUGUGGGGCAUGGUUUGUCCUGCUGAAACUCCAGAGGGUCAUGCUGUGGGGCUUGUGAAGAAUCUAGCUUUAAUGGCGUAUAUAUCUGUGGGGUCCCAGCCAUCCCCCAUUUUAGAGUUUUUAGAAGAAUGGAGCAUGGAAAACCUGGAGGAAAUCUCUCCAGCAGCUAUUGCAGAUGCCACAAAGAUCUUUGUGAAUGGCUGCUGGGUUGGAAUACACAAAGACCCAGAACAGCUGAUGAGCACCCUUAGGAAACUACGUCGUCAGAUGGACAUCAUUGUGUCAGAGGUGUCCAUGAUCAGGGAUAUCAGGGAGCGAGAAAUCCGCAUUUAUACAGAUGCUGGCAGGAUUUGCCGCCCACUUCUGAUUGUGGAAAAACAAAAGUUGUUGCUGAAAAAAAGGCAUAUUGACCAAUUGAAGGAGCGAGAGUAUAACAACUACAGCUGGCAGGAUCUGGUGGCCAGCGGUGUGGUGGAAUACAUUGACACUCUGGAAGAGGAGACGGUUAUGCUGGCCAUGACUCCUGAUGACUUGCAGGAGAAAGGUGUUGCGUAUUGUUCAACCUACACACAUUGUGAGAUUCACCCGUCGAUGAUCUUGGGAGUCUGUGCAUCUAUCAUCCCAUUUCCGGAUCACAACCAGUCUCCCAGGAAUACAUACCAGUCUGCUAUGGGCAAACAGGCCAUGGGUGUUUACAUUACCAAUUUCCAUGUGCGCAUGGACACCCUUGCCCAUGUGCUGUAUUAUCCUCAAAAGCCCUUGGUGACUACGCGCUCUAUGGAAUACCUCAGGUUCAGAGAGUUGCCAGCUGGCAUCAACUCGAUUGUGGCCAUAGCUUCGUAUACUGGAUACAAUCAAGAGGACUCUGUCAUCAUGAAUCGUUCUGCUGUGGAUAGAGGUUUUUUCAGAUCAGUGUUCUAUCGUUCAUACAAAGAACAGGAGUCCAAGAAAGGAUUUGACCAGGAGGAAGUGUUUGAGAAACCCACUCGUGAAACAUGUCAAGGGAUGAGGCAUGCCAUCUACGACAAGCUGGAUGAUGAUGGCUUGAUUGCCCCUGGCGUGCGUGUCUCGGGAGAUGACGUGAUCAUUGGCAAGACUGUCACCUUGCCAGAGAACGAAGAUGAACUGGAGAGCACCAACCGCCGCUACACCAAAAGAGACUGCAGCACUUUUCUGCGCACGAGCGAAACCGGCAUUGUUGAUCAGGUCAUGGUUACCUUGAAUCAGGAAGGGUACAAGUUUUGCAAAAUUAGGGUGCGCUCUGUGAGGAUCCCACAGAUUGGAGAUAAAUUUGCCAGCAGGCAUGGUCAGAAAGGUACCUGUGGUAUCCAGUAUAGACAAGAGGAUAUGCCUUUCACCUGUGAAGGAAUAACUCCAGAUAUAAUCAUCAAUCCCCAUGCCAUCCCUUCACGUAUGACCAUUGGUCACUUGAUUGAAUGUCUGCAAGGGAAGGUGUCUGCAAACAAAGGAGAAAUUGGUGAUGCCACACCUUUCAAUGAUGCAGUCAAUGUACAGAAAAUCUCAAAUUUACUGUCUGACUAUGGCUAUCAUCUGAGAGGAAAUGAGGUUUUAUACAAUGGCUUCACGGGUCGCAAAAUCACAUCACAGAUUUUUAUUGGCCCUACUUAUUAUCAGCGGUUGAAACACAUGGUGGAUGAUAAAAUCCAUUCCCGCGCAAGAGGGCCAAUUCAGAUCCUCAACAGGCAACCUAUGGAAGGUCGAUCACGCGAUGGUGGUCUUCGUUUUGGAGAAAUGGAACGAGACUGUCAGAUUGCUCACGGAGCAGCACAGUUCUUAAGGGAAAGAUUGUUUGAGGCAUCAGAUCCGUAUCAGGUUCAUGUGUGCAACUUGUGUGGUUUAAUGGCAAUAGCAAAUACCCGGACGCACACAUACGAGUGCAGAGGCUGCCGGAAUAAAACACAGAUUUCUCUGGUAAGAAUGCCAUAUGCCUGCAAACUGCUUUUCCAGGAGCUGAUGUCAAUGAGUAUUGCACCUCGAAUGAUGAGUGUGUAACCUUCAAAAGAUCCCCUCUUGUUAUAGCUCUUCCCUGAUCUCUGCCGUGCAUUUUCCAGAUGUAGGUGUCUCUUUAAAUGGACAUAUUUUAUUGCUGAUGUUUUCUGAUGCUUUAGUAUGUGAGGUGUGUGUUUUUGUAAAUAGAAAUAAAAGCUUUUCAAUCAUG